AUGGUGAAUAUUACAGAAAAGAUCAAGGAGAUCGAGGAUGAGAUGAGGAAGACCCAAAAAUAUCACUUGGGUCUUCUCAAAGGAAAGCUUGCGCGGCUUCGUGCUCAAUUACUUGAGCCAGGUCCGGGAGCUGGCGGUGGUGGAGGCGCCGGUUUCGACGUGAGCAAGAGCGGUGAUGCGCGCAUAGCACUUGUCGGUUUCCCAUCCGUCGGCAAAUCCACAUUCCUUUCAAAGGUUACAAAGACCAAGUCCGAGGUCGCAUCCUACGCCUUCACAACAUUAACCGCCAUCCCCGGUGUUCUCGAGUAUGGAGGUGCCGAGAUUCAGUUGUUGGACUUGCCAGGAAUCAUUGAAGGUGCCGCGGAAGGGAAAGGGCGAGGGCGGCAAGUUAUUUCGGCGGCCAAAACCAGCGAUCUUAUUCUGAUGGUCCUGGAUGCAACAAAAAGGGCGGAACAGAGAUCGUUAUUGGAGGCUGAACUGGAAGCUGUGGGGAUCCGGUUGAACCGGCAGCCGCCAAAUAUUUACCUCAAGCCUAAAAAGGCCGGUGGUAUGAAGAUCACCUUCCAAUCCCCCCCAAAAGGCCUCGACGAGAAGAUGAUCAUGAGCAUCUUGCGCGACUACAAGCUUCUCAACUGCGAAGUCCUCGUCCGCGACGACAGCUGCACCGUCGAUGACCUGAUCGAUGUCAUCAUGAAGGAUCACCGCAAGUACAUCCAGUGUCUGUACGUCUACAACAAAAUUGAUAGCGUAUCGCUCGACUUCCUCGAUAAGCUCGCCCGCGAACCGCACACGGUCGUCAUGAGCUGCGAACUUGACCUCGGCAUCCAAGAUGUCGUGGAUCGCUGCUGGAAGGAGCUAAACUUGAUCCGCAUCUACACCAAGCGCAAGGGCAUCGAUCCCGACUUUAGCGAGGCCCUCAUCGUCCGCAGCAAUAGCACCAUCGAAGAUGUGUGUGACCGUAUCCACCGAACGCUCAAGGAGACGUUUAAGUAUGCCCUGGUAUGGGGUGCCAGCGCGAGGCACGUACCGCAGCGAGUAGGGCUGGGUCAUCCCGUUGCAGACGAGGAUGUAGUAUAUAUUGUCAGCGGUUGGAAGGCGUGA